CUUAUAAACAAUCUGGUCGAUCCAGCGAUCCAGACUGUGGAAUAAUUUAAUUUAUACAUUCCUCUCUGGGUCACCAGCUGCUGAAUGAUUUGAAGGAGCCUCAAUGCUUUAACUGAGUAUUUCAUUGGAGUUGGAUUUGCCUUUUUUUAAAAAUAAUUUUACAUUUAAUUUAUUUGCUGAAUCAACGGUAGAGAAAAUGAAGGACCGACUGGCCCAGCUGAAGGAGAAGAGUGAUCCUGGUGGUGACGACAUCCAGGUUCCCGUGGAAAAUGAGGCUUUCAUGGACGACUUCUUUGCACAGAUUGAAGAUAUUCGCACCAGCAUUGACAAAAUCGAUGAGAGCGUGACAGAGAUUAAAAAACUCUACUCCUCCAUCUUGUCGGCCCCCACGCCUGACCAAAAAACACAGGAUGAUGUUGAAACUCUCACCAAUGAGAUAAAAAAGUCAGCCAACAACGCAAGAAACAAGCUGAAGAGUAUUGAGCGACAGCUUGAGUCAAACACAGAUGAAAGGGCCUCUGCAGACCUCAGGAUACGCAAGUCACAGCAUGCAAUACUGGCUAAAAAGUUUGUUGAGGUCAUGACAAAAUACAACGAGGCUCAAGUUGACUUCAGGGAUAAGAGCAAAGGACGAAUUGCCCGGCAGCUUGAGAUCACGGGGAAAAAAACAACUGAUGAGGAACUGGAGGAGAUGCUAGAGGGGGGAAAUUCAGCUGUCUUCACUGCAGGGAUCACAGAGUCCAAGAUUAACCAGCAGGCCCUGAACGAGAUCGAGGCCCGUCACAAAGACAUCAUGAGGCUGGAAAGCAGCAUCAAGGAGCUUCAUGACAUGUUUGUUGAUAUCGCCAUGCUGGUGGAAAACCAGGGCGGGAUGAUAGACAGAAUUGAAAGCAACAUGGAUCAGUCGGUGGGGUUCGUUGAGAGGGCAGUGGCAGACACCAAGAAGGCUGCCAAGUUCCAGCAGGAAGCGCGCCGGAAACAAAUGAUGAUCUUCUGCUGCUGCGUGAUUCUGGCCCUCAUCCUCGGCUCGUUUCUCUACAGUUUCAUCAAAUAGUGGAGCCGAGUCUGGAAACAGAAAAGAACUGUUCAAAUGUGACCAUGGAUUCUGUUCAGUGUCGUGUGGAUCUGAGUCAAGACAGAAAGAAACAAACAACUUAUUUUAAAAAAGAUUCUGUUUUCGUUGUAAGCUUAUGGCAACACUGCAAACAACAUUUCAGUGCAGUUUGGACAUCCAUAGUUAAAUAAAUGGAAAUAUAGUCAGAGAAAAGCCUAAUUUCUGCCUAAACCUAAAUGUUUUUCAAAGGUUUUUUGGGGGACAGUUUCUACAUAGUUAAUAUUUCAUCUACAUUUGAAAAAUUCCUUAGUCGUAUAAUGUGCAAUCUGUCUGUGAUUGUGUUUUAUUGUGUACGACACAAUAAAAAUAGCAUUAUGUUGAACUUCUAUAAAAUAUUUGAGUUCCCUUAAUAAAGCAGAAAUCAGCUUUUUCAAUUUAAUUUCAAUUCAACAAGCAAAAAUCUGCAGAGCUAUGAAAAAGAAUCAGCUAAAAUUAAUGCUGGGGCUUUAGUUCAUUAAUUUAUUUUAAUUACAUAGAUUUAAUCCAUGAAAAACUUUAAUUAACCAUUUAAUUGCUUUUUUUUUGGUAUGUCUGUAAGUCAGAUGCUCAAGUGACAUCCGCAAAAAGCGAUGGACGUUAAAGAUGCUUCUCUUGGCUCACUGUAGGUUAAUUUUUGCUCCAAAAACUGCUGGAAAAGACUAUUGUUGUGUUCAGGAUGUGCAAACAGGAGUUAUUCUAUCAUCAAAGCUAUUCGUGUAUAAAAUAGCAUCUCAAUCCUAAACAUUUUGCAGCAGCGCAGACGUCUCCAAUGCUGAUGUCGGCAUCCAUGUUUCUGUAGAAAUAUUUUUUCAAAUAAGUUGCAGGGAUGAUCAGAAGUUUCUGAAAAAACUGAAUGUUGAUUGGAUAUAAUGGCACUUUGCACCAAUCUGAUGGUUGAAUAACUUAAAUAAUAAACUAAAAGCAACAAAUAUAUUUGCUGUUGAGGUCAUAUGUUUCCUUAUUCAAUAACUUAGCAGCAAAAAGGGUUUUUUAAUUGAAAAUGAUGCUUGUUUUGUUGAUAUAAUUUAAAUUAAAAUUACAUUUAUUGCAAUCAAUUAAUUACAGACUCUACUUGGAAGCAUACUGUGGCAAUACUUAUGCUAUUUACUGCAGUUAAUGAAAUAAUUUAU